GCGGGUUUGGCUGGGGGGGGGGUGGUGGGAGUGGAUAUGUAUGUAUAUUUGGCCGAGAGCUGAUAAGUGAGGGAUGCCCGUGGGUGACGGCUGAUGGAUGGAUGUGCCAAAUGUGGUGCAGGUUUGUGACCGUGACCGUCGCCGUGACCGUGACUGAUACAAUUCUCCAAAAGAAAACUUGGAGAGAGAGCCCGUGUUCCUCCUAUCAGGCCAGUCGGGAAGUUUUUAAUGCAAGAGACAGGUCUAGGAAUGAGAGACACAGAGAGAAGAGAGAGGUGUGUCCAGGGCAAGACGGGAUAGGAUAAGAUGGGAUGGGAGGUCAAGGGAAUUAAAGAGGCGUGCCGCCAGUCCAAGCAGGUCUGAUGUGGUGCUGCAAGCUUGCAGGAAGGAUUGGCCGGAUGUGUUUUUUCGAGAGGGCUAGCUCGGCUGAGGAGAGACUGAGGAGAGUACUUGCGCUGACGGUUGCUAUUACCGUGCUAGGUAGGUAUCUUUUUGGUGAGACCCGGCGAGGUGGUGGGUGGUGUGAGAGACUCAGACUCGGAGAGAGGUGUGCGGGUUGAGUCUCCAGGCUCAGAGAGAGAGAGAGAGAGAGAGAGAGAGUGUGAGGUGAGAGACCGGGGUUGGCUUGCAACAGCGCUUGUUUG